AUGUUCAUCAAGAACGGCCUCCUCCUCUCCCUCGCCACGGCGACCAGCGUGCUGGCCACGCACGGCGCCCGCUCCCACGGCAUCGUCGACUCCUCCAAGCUCUCCAAGCGCUACUCCUUCCCCAUCCCCGACUCCCAGGGCUCCGUCACCCUCGACGAGACCUACGAGGUCGACGGCGAGACCUUCGACGGCGGCAUGAAGACCUACGGCCGUGGCGUCGACUGCUCCGGCCAGUCCGAGGGCGGCGACUCCGACGCCGUCUUCAUGGUCAAGAACGGCGGUACCCUCAAAAACGUCAUCAUCGGCGCCGACCAGACCGAGGGUGUCCACUGCGAGGGCUCUUGCACCAUCGAGAACGUCUGGUGGGAGGCUGUUUGCGAGGACGCGCUCUCCCUCAAGACCGGCGACGGCCCCUUCAACGUCGUCGGCGGUGGUGCCACCGGUGCCGAGGACAAGGUCAUCCAGCACAACGGCGGUGGUACCGUCACCGUCUCCGACUUCACCGUCUACGACUUCGGCAAGCUGUACCGCUCCUGCGGAAACUGCGACUCCAUGUACGAGCGCCACAUUGUCCUUGAGGGCGUCACUGCCGUCGACGGCAAGUACCUUGUCGGCAUCAACUCCAACUACGGCGACACUGCUACCAUUGACAGCGCCACUUGCGCUACUGAUGUCAAGACCAUCUGCGCUGAGUACGAGGGUACCGAUGACAACGACGAGGAGCCCGAGGAGAUCUCCGACGGUCCCUCCGACUACUGCAUUUACUCUGAGCUCGCUGAGUGCUAG